UCCCGCAGGGGGACACCGGCCCAAGGCCUGGGGUGGCCCUUCAAGGAGGGCAGAGUACAAUUAAACACUCUGGAGUAAUUAUAGGAACUGGGGGUGAAAGAUAGGUUCUCGUUUUGCUUCUGUUUCACCGGUUUCCCGGACUUCAGGUUCGGGCAGAAUUCUGGGUACCUUGAAGUCCUUUGUUGUGACUCUCCCAGACAUGUGAAGGAGUCGAUUUAGCUGCUCUCCCCCGCUGUGACGAUGGACAGCGAGGUGCAGAGGGAUGGCAGGAUCCUGGAUCUGAUCGAUGAUGCGUGGAGGGAAGAUAAAUUGCCCUACGAGGACGUGGCCAUCCCUCUGAAUGAGCUCCCUGAACCAGAGCAAGACAACGGUGGCACUACUGAGUCUGUGAAAGAGCAAGAAAUGAAGUGGACAGAUUUGGCUCUCCAGUAUCUCCAUGAAAACGUUCCACCCACGGGAAAUUAGUGAAUCGGUGGGAUUUCAUACAGUGGAUGCAUAAAUGCAGCAUAAAAAUAUUUUUUGGCUGACCAUUGCUGUCAUAAGCUGCCCUAAGGAAGAAACAACAUUUCUGAAACUUUCAGAUUCCAACAGUGGUUCUGCUCACAGUGAAGAGUUUAAAAUGCUUCUUUCUUGAAUGUGAAAUAGCAGAGGUUCUGACAUCUCAGAGCCAAGUGCAAAAUGUUCCAUGCUUAUAAGAUUAUUUCAUGUUUUCUGUUAAUUUGUUCUUAAGCUGGUGCCAAUUCUGAUCUUAAAUGUUUUCUACAUAUGAUUAAAAAGUUUUUACUGUCUCAAAUUGCAAUUGA